AUGACCUCCGAUGGAGGAGCAAAGCUACGAAAGACUAUCGAUAUCGCAGAUUCAACGGUUGUAAUAGUAAUCGAGAAACUGAUUGUGAGUAGCACUGCUUCGGGUCCAUUUCUACAGAGUGUUGGAGCGUUCACAGAUGGAAUCAUAUAUAAGAAUUAUCGAGAUCCUGUAUUUCAACUGCCAGAAGACAACACAAUGAAGUAUAUUGAAAUAAAUGAAUCUGAAAUGAUGCGAUCGUUUGUGGCAGGAUUAAAUAGCAAUUUAAAAACACUGAUCAUUGAAAAUUGCCGACUAGAUCGUGUGCCCCCGACUCUUGCAAAGAUAAUCAUGCUGGAAACUUUGACCAUAAAAUGGUGUUCGUUAACGGGAUUGCGCCUGGAUGUGUUAAUCGAAAACCAUAAUUUGAUUUCAUUAAAUCUAUCUUACAACAAAAUACGACAAAUAUUUCCAGUUACUUCAACUCCCAGGAAAAUGUUAUCCAUCUUAUAUAUACAUCUUGGAGGUAACCAGCUGGAAGAACUGGAUGUAUCGAUGUUUGCUUUUAUGCCAAGUUUGGAGCGCUUAAUUGUAUCAGGCAAUAAGAUAGUUCGCAUAGAAGCUACAAGCCCAGUGACAUUCGUAAACUUUACUGGAUUCGAGUUGGAAAUGAACAAAAUCUCAUCUAUGCAUUUGGAAAAUCUUUUCCUUCCGAAGUUAAUUGCGCUCAACAUGGAUGGAAAUGCUCUCACAGAAAUACCGUCACUUUCAGCAUCGUUCCCACAGCUUAAAAAUAUCGGAUUGGGUAAAAACUCUUUGAAGCAUCUUGACCUUAGCGCAUUUCAGUCGCUGUCUAAUUUGGAAGAAAUCUCCAUCAGUGAAAAUCAGAUAGAAUCUGUUCGCGCGUCUACCCCAUUCGUGUUGCCAAAACUCUGGACACUCUCAUUAAACAAUAAUCGGAUCACUUCCUGGAAUAUGAGCGGAUGCGACUUUCCCAACAUGUAUGACAUGAUUUUGAGUGUCAAUAAGUUUACUACAAUUCCUCCAGUGUUUCAACGGUAUCCUAAGGUUCGUUUGAUCAUCGGAGUAAAUCCCAUUCAAUGUAGUAGCAUGACAACUUUCAUGAGCAAAAUUAUUGAAAAACGGCUUUUUGUGACCGUCAUCAAUGCGGAUCAAAAAUGUGACACUUCAUCUUCAAUAACUAUCGAUAAUAUUUUUGCGGCAUGCUGUGUAUCAUAG